AUUACAUAUUUACACAGAUAGAAACUUUCUUUCGAGAAUUUUUUAUGCUAAAACUUUAGAAUAUAAACUUUAAAAAUAUAAAGUAAUGAUAAAAAUAACCUCAGUCCUACAAAGAGUAUUUUUAGUCAUAAUGGAAGCACCGUUACGUAACACGAAUUGGAAUGGUGAUACUAGAUAUGCUUUAGGACUUUAUAAGUACAUUACAAAGAGUAUUGGAAUCUGGCCAUGCGAUUCUCAAACCAUUCCAUCAAAAAUUCAAACAAUAUUAGUUAUUAUACUUGAGAUUACCAUGGCGAUAAGCAUAUUAAGUGAGAUUAAUCUAAACUGUGGAGAAGUGAAUGACGUUAUUCAAAUGUAUUCACUAGCAGCAUGUUGUGCUAUUGUUAUAAUAAAAAUAGCAUCACUUCGUUACAACAAUAAAAAAAUUUUUGCAAUAAUAUCAUCGAGCAUAUAUGAUUGGGAAACAGUUACACAUCCGAAAGCUCUUGAAAUUAUGAAGCGAAACGCAAAAUUGGCUCGCUCUGUUUGCCUUUUCCAAAUGAUAUCUGCUUAUUUAACAGCUGUUAUGAUCAUAAUAGGACCUCUACCAUAUCUUAAUUUGCAAGUCAAUGCGACACUUAAUUCAUCUGAUAUGAUAUUUAGACCUCUGCCAUUGCGGACAGUUUGUUUUUACGGUGAAAUGUCAACUAAAAUGUUUUCUGCCGUUUAUAUACUCCAAGCUAUCCAAACUUUAUCAACGUGCACUGGUAACAUAGGAUGCGAUUGUUACUUUUUUGGCAUAGCUUUACAUGUUGCGGGACAAUUUGAAUGGCUCGGAGUUGAAUUUGAAACUUUGAAUACUGAAGCAAGUGAGGAGGAAUGCAGUAAAUCAUUGGCAACUCUAGUCAGUAAGCACAAUCAACUGAUGCAAUUGUCAGACUAUCUAGAAGAUUCAUUCCACAUUUGUAUAUUUCUGGUUUUAUUAAUAAAUACGGUUCAAAUUUGUUUAAACGGUAUGCAAAUGAUUGUGAGUGUGCGACUCGGAGAUACUGCUACUGCCAUUAACGCAGUAAUCAUUAUAUACGUGAUGAACCUCCAAAUUUUUCUUUAUAGUUAUGCUGGAGACCGCUUGACUUCUGGAAUUGCAAAUUUACACGUUGCAAUAUAUGGUAGUACAUGGUAUGACUUACCACAAAAAACUAUAAAAGACUUGUCAUUCAUUAUGCUAAGAGUUAAUAAGACUUUUAAUAUAACAGCCGGAAAAAUUUAUCCCAUGAAUAUUGAUAGUUUUAAAAAUAUCUUAAAAGCCAUGCUGUCUUACUUUUCUGUAAUGCAAGCCAUGUUUGAAGAAUGAAUAUGGAAUAAAUUUGAUAAUAAUUAGUACGUCAUUGACAAUAUAAAAGAGGAAAUAAUGUUUUUUUUUGUUCUCUUGACAACCCAUAUUAAUAAUAUUAUUUUUAUUCGCAUCCAUUAUAUUUAAUUAAUGAUACAUUUCAGUCUGAAAUGAAUGGGUUUACGCACACUUACCCACAGCGCACACUUGCCUCACAUGACUUUACUUGUUGAAGUUACUGCAUUGUAUCAAUGUCCUUAUUAUAU